GGAAACCCCACAUCACGUGAUCGCCUCUUUCUCCCAAACCCAUCAUUCGAAGCCCAGCGGUACAUUUCUGUCGGAUCUGUCCGUUCCAAAACGUGCAUUUUGACGAACAGACAUUUAUAAGAUGCUUUUUAAAGAAGCCGCGAGAUUCUAGCGACUCGCCCAAGACAAGCACUUUUGUUUUUACGCCAGCUGAUCGAAAAGCUAUUAUUUAUUUUUGUCCCCCAAGUGGAGGAAAAUACACAAGUCUCGCCAUGGCAGAGAACAACUUCCCUCCCCUGCCUCGAUUCAUCCCCCUCAAGCCGUGCUUUUACCAAGAUUUCAAUGAGAUCCCUGACCAGCGUCGCGCCAUGUGCAAGCGCAUCUACUACUUGUGGAUCCUGAAUAGUGCCACACUGGCUGUUAAUCUGAUUGGCUGCCUGGCAUGGAUGUGUGGUGGGGGUGGAGCCACCAACUUUGGCAUGGCCUUCCUGUGGCUCAUCCUCUUCACACCUUGCUCAUACGUUUGCUGGUUCAGGCCCAUCUACAAGGCCUUCAAGACUGACAGCUCGUUCAACUUCAUGGCGUUCUUUUUCGUCUUCAUGGCCCAGGUUGUGAUCAGUAUUAUCCAGAGCGUUGGAAUUCCGGGUUGGGGAGUAUGUGGCUGGCUGGCUACCAUCACCUUCUUCAGCACCAACAUCGGCUCAGCCGUGGUCAUGUUGAUCCCCACUGUGAUGUUUACUGCAGUAGCGGUGCUCUCCUUCAUCGCCCUCUCAAAGGUGCAUAACCUCUACCGCGGCAGUGGCGGCAGUCUGGGGAAAGCCCAGGAGGAGUGGGCUACCGGGGCCUGGAAGAAUCCCCACGUCCAGCAGGCGGCUCAGCAGGCAGCAGUGGGGGCCGCUCAGGGAGCCAUGCAGCAAAACCAGUACUCGGCAGCGCCCACCUACAAUUACGAUGACCCCAUGUAGGACAAGGACAUGGGGACAGGUUCUUCUGGAGAAGAGAUACGAAAAAGGGAUGAAUUAAUUACACAACCCAUAAUUAGGCGCCCUUUGUUAGAAAUCACGUCACAAGAUGAGAAGGAGAAUAAUGUAGGGACAAGUGUUGGGUGUAAAUGUACUGUACAUUUAUUGAACAUCCGUGUGAAUAAGUUACUUUUUGUAUCAGUGAAGAGGGACUCAAUCGCUCCGUGUGUCACAUCUUGACAUCAUCAACACUGGCAUUUAAUAUGUAACAUCUAGCUUGUUUACGUUUGACUUUAAUUCCCAAACAACAGAACAAGUGCCGCGACAUUGAUAAAAUGAGGAUUAUUUCACUUAGUUUAGCAUAGCAAGGAUGAGACCAAGAACACCGGGGAUUUAACGCACACAUAUUCUUCCACAAAACUGUACAACCACAGUAUGACAGUCUUACUGUAAGUCAUAUGAAUGAUAUAUGCUGCUCAGAAUUUUAACACCAAUUUUGUAACCUUUGGAUGUUGUUUCCUGAUGCUACGCUAAGGUUGCCAGGCGAGCUUGUAUGAAUUCAUUAUGGCAGGGGCGCUAUUGAAAAAUGAACAAUAACCAACUUUACAAUAUUAAUGCUUAAGACUCCAUUAUGCUGCAAUGUCAAACAUACAUUUUAGCAUCUUAAGCAAAGAUCGUAUGCUGGAAGGGCCCGCCCUCUUUAUGGCAGACUAUAGAAUUUAUGAUAAUAUGGCUCCAUACCAUUCAUUAUCCCAGUUUUCGUGCUUUACCUCUCAAAAUGCGUACCGUAAAAAGGGCCGCAGAGCCGCACAUUCCCAAUCAGCGUCUUGAAUCUGGAAGUUGGACAUAAAAUGUGAAUAGUCGAUGUUGUAGGUGGUCAUAGCCGUGCGUGAUCAGUUUUCGCUCUCUUGACAAAUUCUCCUCCUUCCUGUGAAUGCUUGAAGAAAUGUAUUUGUUUCUCAAGCUAUGGCUAUCAUUGUCAUUCUCUGGCUGUCGUAAUUCCACAAGUAGGUGUACUAUGAUAAUUAUAAUGAAGAAAAUACAAUAUGAAUCUCAAUGAGGUUAAAAUGGAAGUGAUUAUUUCUGUCAGUGGUCACAGAUCCAAACAUCUUCAAGAUUCCCUAGAUGGUUAAUGCCAGUGACUCUAUUAGAUUUGAAUGAAAUGCACAAAAAUAUGUAACUGACUGCUUGUUAUUUCCAAAACGUGACUUGUCGUGUCUGAUUGUGAUAAUGCGGUAUUUUAUAUGUAGUUUGUUUAACCUUUCAGUUGUUCUUUUAUGUGUAACUUGAUGAUAUUUGGGUGAGAUUACGAGUACGGUAAUAGCUGUUUUUUUUUUUGUCUUUCCUAUUUUAAAUACAUUUGAAAUAAGUUGCCUCUUGACAUAGAUGCUCAGUGUAAACCAAAACUGUUGAGCAAUCGCCAAAUGGUUCCACGUGUACAAUGAAAUCAGAACCUGUAUUUGGACUUAAGAUGGAGAAUGGGACCGCUCUUAAAAUGAAAACCACUGGUGUACUUUCAGUGUUUACCUUACAUGUCCGCCGGCUAGCUUAACAGAUACAUGGUCAACUGUUCUUAAAACGCACAAUGAAGUGCAAAAAGGCAAUGUGUGAGCUUGUAGUACACACUGCAGUGCAUUGAACAGCUGACGCACUCCAUUUCAAAGUUUCCGAAAAGCCAUUUCCUCCAACGUUCCCAAGUGUGUUGCUCACUGUUUGAUAUGUAUUAUCAUGUACUGUAGCUUAAAUAAGUAUGAAUAUAAAAUAACUUGUGGGGCUGUGUAAAACAUUCAAAUGAGGUGGGUUCAAGAUGGCAGUGAUUCCAUGCGGGAGGUACACGAGGAAUAAUUUUUUGGUGUAUUACUUUUGUAUUAUUUGGUCCUAUCAUAAUGGAUAUUAAACAGUUCUUGCUGCAA